UGGGCGUUUCUUUUAAAUUCGCGCCAGAUGUAGUAAAUAAAACUUCUUGCUGUAGACAGACAGAAGACAUGGAAUAAAGUCAUAUUUUUGGGCGUGUAUGUUACGUUUAACAAUGCGUAAAGUCAAGAAAGAAGUCGUAGAACUAGUGGAAAGCGUGAAACCGAAGCGAAAGAGGCAGAAGACGCGUGGAAAGGACGAAGAGCCCAUGCGUACUGUAUCCCUGUCCACUUACCACACCUUUCGUGACCCUGCUGACAUUGCCGACUUGCAGACUCACCUGCUGAGCUGGUACGACCUGGAGAAGAGAGAACUGCCAUGGAGGACUCUGGCAUUGACAGAGGCUGAUGUCAACACAAGAACAUAUGCAGUGUGGGUGUCCGAGAUCAUGCUGCAGCAAACCCAGGUUGCCACGGUGAUAGACUAUUACAACAAAUGGAUGAAGCGCUGGCCCACGGUGUCAGAUCUUGCGGCUGCGACACUCGAGGAGGUCAAUCAGAUGUGGGCGGGCCUUGGCUACUAUUCAAGAGGGAAACGUCUUCAUGAAGGAGCCCAAAAGGUGUUGUCCAAGCUUGACGGACAGAUGCCUGUCACGGUAGACGGCUUGCUGAGACAACUACCAGGAGUUGGCCGUUACACCGCUGCAGCUAUCGGCUCCAUUGCGCUGGGACAUGUCACAGGAGCUGUGGAUGGCAACGUGAUUCGGGUUCUGUGUCGCAUGAGAGCCAUCGGCGCAGACUGCACGAGUCCCAUAGUCACAGAGGCACUUUGGGGUCUAGCCAAUACGUUGGUAGAUUCUGAGCGCCCAGGGGACUUCAACCAGGCCAUGAUGGAGCUGGGGGCUCGAAUCUGCACCCCCAAGGCUCCGCUGUGCAACCAGUGUCCUGUGCGUUCUUACUGCCACUCAUACCGCAAGGUUCAUGUCAAACAAGAAAAAACCUCCAGAAAGCUUUUGGGGAAAAAAGACGGGAAACCUCCAGUACUUCCUGACAUAGAAGACUGCAGGACAGAUGGAAUAUGUCCUCUGUGUCUGUCCGAGCCUUGGGAUGAGGAGCUGGGGGUCCAAAACUUCCCGAGAAAGCCGGCAAAGAAGCCCCCCAGAGUGGAGCGAACCUUGACCUGCGUAGUGACCCGAGAUGGAGAAGAAGGCGAGGAGGAGUUUCUGCUCACGCAAAGACCAAAGAAAGGUUUGCUGGCAGGACUGUGGGAGUUUCCCAGUCGUCUAUUAGAGGAGGGCAUGUCAGAGAAGGAACACAAGGGGGCGCUGUGUGCUGACCUCAGCAGCCUCCUGGGAGUACAAGUGAUUGACAGCUCCCUCAAGUAUGUGGGAGAUGUGGUCCACGUCUUCUCACACAUCCACCAGACAUACAUUGUUCACACUUUGUGUCUGAGAGAUGCCGACACGCAGACAGAGAAUACACAGUGGCUCAGCAGGUCAGCGCUGCAUGAUGCCGCCGUGUCUACGGGAGUGAAAAAGAUUGUCAAGCUCUGUGACUCUGUGGGCCUUCAGACGGCGCACACGUCCACAGAUGGCAAGAGGCGAAAGAGCGGUGAGAAAAAAGACGCCAAGAAGAGACAGAGGGGCGCGAAGAAAACGACUAACAGUAUGAAAAAACAGAUGUCACUCACGUCUUUCUUCAGGACAACAACGCAGGAACCUUGAUGAAAGUUCUACAUGGUGAAUUUCUACAUUUGUUAGAAAUGUAGAAAUACUGUACAUAUUUAUAAAACUAGAUUAUAUGUGGUUGUCUCUCUUUAAAUCAUGUUAGUAGUAGUCACUUGUUUUUAAAACGCCAUGAUGUUGCAGUAUUUGUUUUUACUGUAGUAUGUAUGUUUUAUAAGCUGUCCACUAGACCACACGUGUCACACUCGUGCCCUGGAGGGCCGAGACGCUGCAGGUUUUCUCUCCAACCAGUUUCUUCAGCAGGUGCUUUUAAGUGAUGAGCUCCUUCCCUCAAAUUGAUGGUGUUGAUCAUAAAAUCACCUGCUUUAGUGACCGGCUGGCAAGAAAACCUGCAGCGUCUCUAACCUCCAUGGCAUGAGUUUGACACCCCUGCACUAGACAGUUGUCAUGGUAAUGAUCAUGAAAAUAUUGCAAGUGUCAUUGUAUGCAUUUUAAAGUCUUGACAAUAA